CGAAUUCAUACUUCUUCUUACAUAAGGAGACGAGAUUUGGAUUGUCCUCUUCGUCAUUCCCAUUUCAAACAUCAUCAUCUCUCUCUCUCUCUCUCAUGGUGGCGUCUUUUUCCGAAUCCAGCGCGCACCUUCCUCGCCUCUGAAUACAGAUAUAUAUCGAACGCCAAAACCCCCUCAAUUCCCACCAAAACUCACCGCCAAUGGUGAGUCAAAACCAACACCCUCUGCCGCCGCAGCAAUCUCGCCGUGGCCUAAUCGCCGGCAACUACUGUCACGACGUCCUCAUCAAGGAUGGCACCGUAGUCGCCGAGACCCUCGGAGGCGCCGCCUCCUUUGUCUCCGCCAUCCUCGACGCCCUCUCCAUCCCCUCCACGUACGUCGCCAAGGUCGGCCCCGACUUCGCCUACUCCGUCGACCACAGCCCGAUCGUCUCCCCCUUAUCGGAGACCACUCUCUUCCACGCGCAUUUCUCGUCCCAGCCGAGGCGCCAGGACCGGGUCCUGAAGCGGGUCCGAGCUUGCAACCCGAUAUUGCCCUCGGAUCUGCCUGGGUCGCGAUUCGAUUUCGGCAUGGCGGUGGGCGUUGCCGGCGAAAUUCUUCCGGAAACCCUAGAGAGAAUGCUCGAUUCGUGCGACCUGGUGUUCGUCGACAUUCAGGCGCUCAUUCGGGUUUUCGAUUCGGACGACGGGACCGUGAGGCUUGUGGGAUUGAAGGAUAGCGGCUUCUUCCAUUUGUUGCCUCGGAUAGGGUUUCUCAAGGCGUCGGCAGAGGAAGCCCCGUUCAUUGACUUGGAUGAGGCCAGGAAGUGGUGCUGCGUGGUUGUGACCAGCGGGAAAGAUGGUUGUACUGUGUAUUGGAAAGACGGCGAAGCUCAGAUAGCGCCUUUUCCGGCUGUCCAGGUCGAUCCGACCGGUGCCGGCGACAGUUUUCUCGGCGGCUUUGCGGUGGGGCUUAUUCAGGGAUUGGCUGUCCCGGACGCUGCUUUGUUGGGGAACUUCUUUGGGUCUCUGACUGUAGGCCGUAUUGGGCUUCCGAACUUCGACUCUAAGUUGAUGCAGGUCAAGGAUGAAAUCUAUAGGAGGAAGAUGCAAUGCAGCACCUACCCUGAGAGAUGGGAUGAAGGAUUGAAGUUCAUGAAGCAAUUAGGUCACGAUCAGUUCCAUGCAUCACUUGGAGCAGCCAAAUUAACCUGCAGGAUCCAGGAACAUGGACAUGAGUUGUCCAGUUCUCCCCUAGCAGUUGAGCAGGAUAUGUACCAUCAGCUCACCGGUCAGCAGAAAUCGUUACUUGAUUCUGUCUAUGAAGAACCGAUUAAGUCAGUUUGUGGUAAACCUUGAGACAUGGGGAACCCUCCCACUUUCCCAUCCCUAACGACUCUCCUUCCACGUAUGUUUAUAUUCAAUGAAUAAGUAUUUCCAAGCACGAAGGCUUCUGUUAAUCCCAAGAGUCUGAAACCUUUACUGAGGCAUAUGAAAGCAGCGCGUGUUUUAUAUAUGCCGCAUAAUUUUCUAACUAAUGCUAUCUCUGCUCUUGCAAUCACCAGGUUGUGUGUUUUUGUUAGCAGUCUGAAUGAAUUAGGACCAAAUAGACAAAUGGCUUACUACCCAAUUGUCAUUGCCUGUAUGAAUUGUGAUAGAAAAAUAUAAUAACAUUUUUCUUUAUAGUGCUCUUACCCGCA